UUAAUAUGUGCCAGUGUUUGGCUGCAGUUGUAUUUCAGUGUGUUGCUGUAGCAGCAGCAGCAGCAGCAGUAACAACGACAUAUCCCAAGGUCGCUGUCGUUGGAUGUGCAGCCUCCUCCGAACAGGUCUCCUCCUGGCCAGCAUCUGUCCACACACUCCUUCACAUAUCACACACUCUUGUCACCUCACCUGUGAACCGUAACUCCAUCUCACCUCAGUGAUACCAAACCCACCCUCCUGCCACAUUUCCCACUUUAACUUCAUCUGCAGCAUCAUGCUAAGCCAGGAGUUCUUGCAGAAGUUGGCGUUUCCAGAUCUGGAGAAUGUAAGCCAGUACAUCAGGAAUGUCUCCACGCCCAUGUUAGUCAGCGUUGGGGCGGUGGCUGCGGCAACAACCUACUACUUGGCGACAAGACCGAAAGCUCUCCCUCCAGUAUGCGACCUCCGAAUGCAAUCUGUUGAGGUUCAGGGUGGAGAUUUGGCGCGUCGAUCGGUCCUACUGAACGGAGACGGUCACUUGACGCACGUCUACGACGAUGCUAAAACAAUGUAUGAGUUCUUCCUCCGAGGUGCCAGAGUCUCCAAUAAUGGCCCCUGUCUAGGCUCCAGGAAACCAAAACAGCCCUAUGAAUGGAUGUCCUACAGCGAAGUAAAAGAGCGGACAGAGAACCUGGGUUCUGCGUUUCUUCACAAAGGACACUCCAAGACCACUGACCCCCAUAUUGGCAUUUUCUCUCAGAACAGACCCGAGUGGACCAUCAGUGAGCUGGCAUGUUACACCUACUCUCUGGUGUCGGUCCCUCUGUAUGACACACUGGGAACAGAGGCCAUUUCCUACAUUAUAGACAAAGCCUCCAUCUCAACCAUAGUGUGUGAUGUGACGGAAAAAGUCAAUCUGGUCCUGGACUGCAUUAAGGACAUGGAUCACUGUCUGAAGACCAUCGUUUUAAUGGAGACCCCCAGUGAUGAUCUGGUUGAACGAGGGAAGCAGGCGGGAAUCCACAUCCUCAGCCUGAAGGAGAUGGAGGUUAUUGGGAAGACCAACCACCGCCAGCCAAUACCUCCUCGACCUGAGGACAUGGCUGUGAUCUGCUUCACCAGCGGAACCACAGGAAGCCCAAAGGGAGCUAUGUUGUCUCAUGUGAAUAUCGUGUCCAACUGCUCGGCCUUCAUCAAAAUUACAGAGUUUUCCUGUCCGUUGUCUCCCAGUGAUGUCCAUAUUUCCUUCCUGCCCCUGGCUCAUAUGUUUGAGAGAGUAGUACAGGGAGUGAUGUUAGUGCACGGAGCUAAGAUCGGCUAUUUCCAGGGAGAUAUUCGUUCUCUGCCGGACGACCUGAACACACUGAAACCUACCGUGUUCCCUGUGGUACCACGGCUCCUAAACAGGAUGUACGAUAAGAUCUUUGGACAAGCCAACACUUCUCUGAAGCGAUGGCUGCUGGGAUUUGCCUACAGGAGGAAGGAGGCGGAGAUGAUGAAAGGCAUCGUGAGGAGAAACAGUAUCUGGGAUAAACUGAUCUUCAAGAAGGUCCAGGCCAGCCUCGGAGGUCGCGUGCGCCUCAUGCUGACUGGAGCUGCUCCCGUGUCUCCGGCUGUUCUCACCUUCCUCAGAGCUGCAAUAGGCUGCCAGUUUUAUGAAGGCUAUGGACAAACCGAGUGCACAGCUGGAUGCACCCUGACAAUGCCUGGAGACUGGACUGCAGGUCACGUCGGAGCUCCUUUGCCGUGUAACUCGGUCAAACUGGUGGAUGUGCCUGAGAUGAACUACCUGGCUGUGAAUGGAGAGGGAGAGGUGUGCGUGAAGGGUGCCAACGUGUUCCUGGGCUAUUUAAAGGACCCAGAGAAGACGGCGGAGACCAUCGACGCAGAUGGAUGGGUGCACACAGGAGAUAUCGGGAAAUGGCUUCCGAAUGGCACGUUGAAGAUCGUGGACAGGAAGAAGCACAUCUUUAAGCUGGCACAGGGGGAGUACAUUGCUCCGGAGAAGAUAGAGAAUAUUUACACCAGGAGUGAUGCAGUGGCUCAGGUCUUUGCACAUGGAGAUAGUCUGCAGGCGUGUCUGGUGGCUGUGGUGGUUCCUGACCCUGACUUCCUGUGUGCCUGGACCAAGAGGACGCUGGGGCUGCAGGGCAGCUACCAGGAACUCUGUGGCAGAUCGGAAGUCAAGGCAGCCAUCAUGGAGGACAUGGUGCGACUCGGCAAGGAAGGAAAUCUGAAGUCUUUUGAGCAGGUGAAGGCCAUCUACAUCCACACCGAGAUGUUCUCAAUCGAGAACGGCCUGCUCACUCCAACAAUGAAAGCCAAGAGGAACGAACUGCGCCAGUACUUCAGAUCCCAGAUAGAUGAGCUCUACGCUGAGAUCAAAGUGUAGAAGAGGGGGAGAGCAAAUCUGAAGACGAACCGGGAAUGUGUUUUUAGGUGAAAAAGGAAACGGCAGGGAGGUAGGAAAGUACAAGCUAAAGCACACAACAGGAAGGAAAUGAGGCCAAAAGUCAUGCCUAUACUGUGUACUGUACAAAUAACGAUGUGAUAAGAUGUUGAUUGUUCUAAUCAGCUUUUUAUGGGCAUUUUAAAGGGAAGCAGUUCUCUGUAGCAUCGGAUAUCUCAGGACUUUCAAGAAUCCGUUUCAAUGAGUCUUGCACCUGAAUUAGGAGCCAUAAGAAUUGUACCAAACACAGUACAGUUUAUCUUGUUUCAUGAUUUUAUUUUGCAAAAAUGUUGAGUGUGUGUAGUGGAUAGAAGGAUAUUCAAGUCCUUAAUUCUUUUUAUGAAUAAGCUUUAGCUCCAGUCAGCAACAGUUUAGAUAUUCAAGGUAAUUCAAUCACUGUUGGCGCGACACAAGAGAACCAGGUACCGCAGAGCAGUUUAUUUAUGGCGGUAACCUGAACGGAAGAGAUUUGUUGAAGGAAUAAAGUUUCUUAAAUUAUUGUAGUGUGUAAUGGUGAAAAUGCAAUUGUAAUAUGUUUCUGAUUUAAAUCAUUGUGGUUUCAUGAAUGUAUUUUUGACUCUGGUCAUUCUGUAAUUGUUUUAAAUGUCAUCUUGUGUUUUGUA